GGCUUUGCCCACUGGAAGGGGGCGGGUCAUUUAGUGAGGAAUGGCAAGAGGUUGAUCGUGCGAACAGCGACGGUUGCCCGAUGGCGGUUGGAAAGUGCUUGUUGGGCGAGACUUGAUGGCGCGCUUUUCGUGCCCGCUUGGGGGCGCUGAGAUCCUAUUCUUUUGCCUGUGGCUGACCGGCUGCCAGGCUGUAUGGAGAUACAGAACUUCUGUAGAAAACUAUAUCCUGUUCACUACAAGUACUACUAUAUAUUUAGAAUAUGAAGGAACUUCAUUUGUGGAAUGGAAUGCUCCUGCAUUUUGUACCAUUGCGGAUAAAAGUUCACCUCGUACAACAUUGAAUUGUCCAGUUGCUGGAGUUCAGAAGAUAAAGCCAGAAGUACAGAUUCUGACAUUUGAGGAUAUGGAGCGCUACUUAACUAUCAAUGUUGAGUUAAACUGUUUUUUGUGGUACGUCCAGCCAACUAAUCAAAGGGACACAUAG